GGGAUACUGGCAUAGAACACGUGACCUAUCUCCCCGCAUGGUAGCUUCAGUUUGAAGGUGAAGUGUCGGCUGGUGUGAGAGCCGGGCUUUGUAUCAACUCCCAAGAUGUCGUCCCUGUCGGCUGCCAGUGUAGAGACCCCUGCUGUGACUGCUGGGGCAGAGCAGAAGAAGCCUCUGAAACCAUGCUGUGCUUGUCCAGAGACGAAAAAAGUCAGAGAUGCUUGCAUCAUUGAGAAGGGAGAGGAGAACUGCAGGGACCUUAUUGAGGCGCAUAAAGAAUGCAUGAGGUCACUUGGAUUCAAGGUUUAACUCCCGUGUUUUGUUCUUGUGUGACUGUGUGUGAUGGCGUGAGUGGAAGAUGACCCAGGAGAUCCUUUUCUUUUUUUCACACUCUUAUUUAUAACUCCACUGGAAGAGAAAUGUGAUAUUAAGCACUUGAAAGGAUGGCUUUAUUUUUUUUUUCUAACUCUGUAAAAUGUGCAGUUUGAAUAUCUUAAAGGCUGUGUGAUCAUGAAUAAAAGUCCUAUGCAAUAAAAGUGUUUGUACAU